UUUCCCUUUCCCUCCCCCUAAAAACACUCUCUCAGAGGUCGGCGACGAGCCCUGAGCCCAAAAACAAAUCUCCAUCCAUCGUUCCACAACUGAGAGAGCAAAAGAAAUCUCAAAAACCAUAAACCCUAGAAUCUUGGAAUUCGCAUGUUUCUCCCCUAAAUCCGCCACCACCGCCACCGCCACCACCUCAUGGGUCGACCGGAGCCAUGCGUUCUCUUCACCCAGACCUUCGUUCACCAACAUCUCGACGAGUACGUCGACGAGGUGAUUUUUGUGGAGCCCAUUGUCGUCACAGCGUGUGAGUUUCUGGAGCAGAGUGCGUCUUCUGUUGCGCAAGCAGUAACGCUAGUUGGGGCGACUUCACCUCCAUCAUUUGCCAUAGAGGUGUUUGUUCAUUGUGAGGGUGAGACGAGGUUUAGAAGGCUUUGUCAGCCUUUUCUCUAUUCACACUCUUCAUCAAAUGUACUAGAAGUGGAGGCUGUUGUGACUAAUCAUCUAGUUGUAAGAGGCAGUUAUCGCAGCUUAAGCUUGGUUAUAUAUGGCAACACUGCUGAGGAUCUGGGUCAGUUUAACAUUGAAUUUGAUGACAAUGCAUUGACUGAUCUUGUUGAUUCUACUGAGGGGAAGCUUGAAGAUUUGCCACUUGCAUUACAUUCUACUAAUUUUGCUAUUGAAGAUUCACGCUCGUUGAGUGUGUUGUCUAUUCCAGUUCCUGCCGCAGAUAUUUCUCUUGAAGUCAAACUUUUUUUACAGUUGAUGUUAAAGAUUUUGAAGUUUUCAGAGCUUGGAGAUGAUGGGCAUAAAGUUGUAAGUACUGUAGUAUCAGCAAUCUCUAUCUAUAUUUCUGGUGACAUCUGUGAAUCGAUCAGUGGGAGAUACCAGACAGAGAAGAGAUCUGAAAAGUUUGAAGAGCUGCACAGUGUUGUUAAUGAGGCAAGAAAAGAGCUUCUAGAGGUUUAUACAGUUCUUCGCCAAAAAUUUGGGAGUGAAUCUCCUGAAUGUUCAUCAGAAGGAAAUGAUCUUGAAUUGGAGGCUGAAGUAUUGGAUUCCAAAACAUUGGUGGAUAUGUUUAACCAGUACUAUCAUUUUAGAAGGCAGUCUUCAUGUAUAGGACACCACUGUCUUUCUCGGAGUGAGCAUGCCCUAUUAGGAUUGAGCAUGGCUCAUUUACUGUGUUCUGGUAGAGAGAGCUGCUUUCAGUUUGUUAAUAGUGGGGGAAUGGAGCAGCUUGCAAUGUUUUUUUCCAAGGACGGACAGGAUUCUACUACUAUUAUGCUUCUGCUUCUUGGUGUUGUAGAACGGGCCACUAGGUAUUCAGUUGGAUGUGAAGGCUUUUUAGGUUGGUGGCCUCGAGAAGAUGGAAGUAUACCCUCUGGUGUCAGUGAAGGUUAUAGCCAAUUGUUGAAGUUGAUAUUGUCAAAACCUCGUCAUGAUAUUGCUUCGCUAGCAACUUAUUUGCUUCAUCGCUUACGAUUUUAUGAAGUUGCUUCAAGAUAUGAGUCUGCAGUGUUGUCUGUGCUUGAAACCAUCAGUACUCUUAGCAGGGUUACAGAUAUUACACUGAAUAUGCUCAGCUCUGCUGAAAUUUCGCUCAGAAGUCUCCUGAAAUUGAUAAAUUCACGUGGUCCAAUUGAAGAUCCUUCUCCAAUGGCUUCUGCUAGCAGAUCCCUCAUUACUGGUCAAACAGAUGGUCUGCUGUCAUAUAAAACAACGUCUAACUUGAUCAGCUCAUCGAGUUGUUGCUUUUCACACUGGGAUAUCGAUUCACAUUUAUUGGGGCUUUUGAAGGAGAGGGGAUUUCUUUCAUUAUCAACUGCACUGUUGUCAUCAUCUAUACUGCGUUCGGAAGGGGGUCGUGUGAUGGAGAUAUUCAUGGAUGUUGCCUCAUCUGUUGAGGCUGUAAUUCUAUCAUUUCUUUUUUGUCGUUCAGGCUUGAUAUUCCUAUUUCAGGAUCCUGAACUUUCGAGCACACUAAUCCAUGCCCUUAGGGGUGGUCAUCAUGGCAACAAGGAAGAUUCUAUUCCUCUUCGAUAUGCUUCUGUUCUGAUUUCUAAGGGUUUCUUUUGCAGUCAACUGGAGAUAGGAAUGAUAAUUGGGACACAUUUAAAAAUGGUUAAUGCCAUUGAUUGUUUGCUUUCGUCAAAUCCACAAUCAGAAGACUUCUUAUGGGUUGUGUGGGAACUUGCCGCUCUCUCAAGGUCUGAUUGUGGGCGUCAGGCAUUGUUGGCUUUGGGAAAUUUUCCUGAGGCUGUUUCCAUCUUGAUUGAAGCAUUAAGUUCCAUCAAGGAAUCUGAAUCUGUUGGGAAAAACAGCGGAUCUUCACCUGUAAAUCUUACAAUAUUUCACUCUGCUGCUGAGAUUAUUGAAGCCAUUGUUACAGAUUCCACAUCAUCGUCUAUGGGUUGCUGGAUUGGGCAUGCUAUGGAACUUCAUAGGGCUUUACAUUCCUCUUCUGCAGGUUCUAACAGAAAAGAUGCUCCCUCGCGACUGUUGGAAUGGAUAGAUGCUGGUGUAGUAUACCAUAAACAUGGGGGUAUUGGCCUCCUACGUUAUGCUGCUGUUUUGGCUUCUGGAGGAGAUGCCCAGUUAACUUCAACUAGCAUCCUAGUUUCAGAUUUGACUGAUGUUGAAAAUGUUGUUGGAGAGUCUUCCAGUGGCUCUGAUAUUAAUGUUAUGGAGAAUCUUGGGAAGUUCAUAUCUGACAAGUCUUUCGAUGGUGUUAUGCUUCGUGAUUCUUCUCUGGCACAGUUGACAACAGCAUUAAGGAUUUUGUCUUUUAUUUCUGAGAACCCAACUAUUGCUGCGACUCUCUAUGAUGAAGGUGCUGUAAUAGUUAUUUAUGCCAUUUUGGUCAACUGCAGAUUCAUGCUUGAGAGGUCCUCAAACAAUUAUGAUUACCUCGUAGACGAGGGUACAGAAUGCAAUACUACAUCAGAUUUACUAUUGGAACGUAAUCGCGAGCUGAGCAUAGUUGAUCUUUUGGUUCCUUCUCUGGUGCUACUGAUUACACUUUUGCGUAAGUUACAGGAAGCAAAGGAACAACACCGCAAUACAAAAUUGAUGAAUGCUCUUUUACGAUUACACAGGGAAAUAAGCCCCAAGCUAGCUGCAUGUGCAGCUGAGUUAUCAUCUCCAUAUCCUGACUAUGCUAUUGGUUAUGGGGCUGUCUGUCAUCUUAUUGCGUCAGCCCUUGCUUUUUGGCCAGUACAUGGUUGGACUCCAAGUCUUUUUAACACCCUUCUUGCCAGCGUUAAGGGUGCUUCAUUGUUGACUCUAGGUCCAAAAGAAACAUGCAGUUUGCUCUAUCUCUUGAGUGAUUUAUUUCCUGAGGAAGAUAUGUGGCUUUGGACUAGUGGUAUGCCUUUGUUAACCGCACGAAGAAUGUUGGCAGUUGGAACCCUAUUAGGGCCUCAGAAGGAGAGACAUGUGAACUGGUAUUUGGAAUCUGUAUACCUUGAGAAGCUGGUUGGCCAGUUGGCACCACACCUUGACACAAUUGCUGAGAUUAUACAGCAUUAUGCCAUCUCUGCAUUGGUAGUGAUUCAAGAUCUGCUGCGUGUUUUUCUAAUUCGCAUUGCUUGCCAAAAUGAUAAAUAUGCAUCCAUGCUUUUACGACCGGUAUUGUCAUCAAUUAUUCAUCACGUUUCAGAAUCAUCUCUGUCCGAGACUGAUGCAUACAAGGUCUCAAGGCAUCUUGAUUUUCUUGUCAGCCUAUUGGAGCACCCACUUGGCAAGGGCCUAUUGUUGAGGGAGAGCACUCUUCAGAUGCUAACAAAAGUAUUAGACAGAUGUUUUGUUAUUGCUGAUGUUGAUGUUGAUGGAAAGCAGACUCUUGAUAGUAGUUCUGCAAAGUGCAGUCAUAGUUUUUCUAGUUGGUGUCUCCCGGUAUUCAAGUUUAUCAUGCUUCUUUUUCAUUCUGGAACUUAUCGACAUUAUCCUCUAAGACCUGACUUUAAAAAAAUUGAUCAUUUGAGUGAUGAAGAUUAUGCCCUGAUUUUUCGUUAUCUUUUAAAGAGUUGUGAGGUCCUUCCUGUUGGAAAAGAGUUACUGGCCUGUCUGAUAGCUUUUAAAGAAUUAGGUUCUUGUAGUGAAGGUCAAAUGGCAUUUGGAGCUACUCUUUCUGGUAUCCACUCUCAUGAUCGUGAUCUAGAUCCACAAAAAGAUGAUUUGAAUGUAAAUCAUAAUGUUCCUAGUGUUACAGAGUGGACAAAAUGCCCUCCUUUACUUAGCUGUUGGAUGAAGUUGUUGGGUUCAAUUGAUACAAUGGAGAGUUUGUCAACCUAUGCAAUUGAAGCUGUCUAUGCAUUAUCAGUGGGGUCUCUGCAGUUUUGCAUGAAUGGGGAAAGUUUGAAUUCUGACAGGGUUGUCGCAUUGAAGUACCUCUUUGGGAUUUCUGAUGAUGUUACAAGAUCAGCUGGCUUUCCUGAAGAAAAUAUACAUUAUAUACUUGAACUUUAUACUAUGUUAUGUUCAAAGUCUAUGAUAGAUGACUGUUUGGUUACCUCUCACUUGCAGAUCCCGUUAUAUAAGGUUUCCGAAGCAGUUAAAUCAUUGUCCAUGGUAUUGCAAAGGCCUAUUGGUUCCAUGAAGUUGGAUGAUGUUGUUUUACCUCAAAAUGAUGUUUUUGUUUUUCCAAAGACACAUCAGAUGCUUGAAAGCAGUGCUGAAAAGAUUGACGAUCAUCUUUAUGUUGGAGGAUUAGGUGAAAAAUUUCUUUGGGAAUGUCCAGAAACAUUACCUGACAGAUUAACACAGUCAAAUCUUGCCAAAAGGAAACUAUCUUCAAUGGAUGGACCAGGGAGACGAGCUAGAGGAGAAAGUUUUCAGGCCGAGAUCUCUGCUCAACAUGCUUAUUCACGAGGUUUAGCACAGUCUACUGUUUCUUCUGGUCCUACACGUAGGGAUGCCUUCCGACAGCGCAAGCCAAAUACCAGCAGACCUCCAUCUAUGCAUGUAGAUGACUAUGUGGCAAGAGAGAGAAAUGUUGAUGGGGUUAGUAAUGUAAUAGCAGUGCCACGAUCAGGAUCUACUGGUGGGAGACCUCCAUCAAUUCAUGUAGAUGAAUUUAUGGCAAGACAGAGGGAACGCCAGAACCCCUCAGCAACUGUAGUGGGAGAGGCUGGGGGUCAUCUAAAAAAUGCUUCUCCAGUAAAAGCUACAGAUAUGGAGAAGUUAAAUAAAUCUAAGCAACUAAAAACAGAUCUUGAUGAUGAUCUUCAAGGAAUUGAUAUAGUUUUUGAUGGAGAGGAGUCUGACUCCGAUGACAAGUUGCCAUUCCCUCAGCCAGAUGAUAACUUACAGCAACCUGCCCCAGUUAUUGUUGAGCAAAGUUCUCCUCACUCAAUUGUUGAAGAGACAGAAAGUGAUGUUGUUGAUAGUAGCCAAUUUUCUCAUAUGGGCACUCCAUUAAGAUCUAACUUUGAUGAAAAUGGGCAGAGUGAAUUUUCUUCAAAGAUGUCUGGUUCGCGUCCAGAUAUAUCAUUAACUCGUGAAUCAAGCGUUUCUUCAGAGAGGAAGUAUGUUGAGCAGGUUGAUGACUCAAAGAAUGUUGUUCAAGCUAAGCCCUCUGGUAGAUAUGAUUCUGCAGCAGGAAAUAGUUCAUUUCCAGUAUCCCUUUACAAUAACCCAUCCACAUCUAUGCAAUCACCAAUUGAUUCAAGAAUGGGUUCCCAGAAUUUCCUCUUAAAGAACAGUCCACAACAUGGUGGUAUUGCUACAGGUUCUCAAGGAAUGUAUGACCAGAGGUUUUUGCCCAACCAACCUCCUUUACCACCGAUGCCGCCGCCACCAACAGCAUCACAUGUAAUAUUGCAUGGUACAGAUUCAGUUCCUAAUCAGUCAUCCCCAUUUGUUAAUGCUUCAGCAGGUGCACAACGUCCAGCAGCAUUCCAAGUUCAGUCAGACUACUCAUCUUCAUUCAACAGUGGGUCAUCAUUAGCAUCUUCUGUUCCCAUGCCAGAUUCAAAAUAUUCCAGGACAUCUGCAUCUUCCCCUGGGGGACAUAAUAGACUCGCUCCUCCCCUUCCUCCUACACCACCUCCUUUUGCAUCUAGUCCAUAUAAUAUACCAUCUAAUAAAACUUCUGUCUCCCAACCUUCUCCAUAUAAUCAGACAGGUAUUGGGAGCACUGAACUUUCCCAAGCCUCCAUUGCACACUCAGGAACUAGGAUGUCAUCCUACCCACUAAAUCCCUCGAUGCAGUCCUUGGGGUUUAGUAGGCCACCUAUGCCAUUGAAUAUCUACGGUAACACCCCAAAUCAGCAACAUAGUGAGAACCAGUCGAGCAUCUUGCAAAGUGUCUCUAUUCCACCUGCUUCCUUUCAGCCAAUACAUUCAGUUCAGUUGCAGCCACUGCAGCCCCCCCAGCUUCAACGUCCUCCACAACCACCUCAGCUCCUUAGGCCACCAGUUCAAGCUUUACAGCAGUUGGAGCAAGGGAUGUCUGUGCAAAGUAAUGUUCAAGUACAUCAGUUACAGAUGCUGCAGCAGUCUCAAAUUUCUUCAAUGCAGGCGUAUUAUCAGACUCAGCAGCAACAGUUUUCACAUGAGCUGCAGCAGCAACCACAGCAGCAGCAGCCGCAGCAGCAGCAGCAGCAAGUUGAAUACACUCAACAAUCAGGUGAUGCUCAAUUACAGCUGCAAUCAGAUGCUGCAAUGUCAUUACAUGAGUAUUUCAAGUCUCCUGAGGCCAUUCAGUCUUUAUUGGGAGACCGUGACAAACUUUGCCAGCUUUUAGAGCAGCAUCCAAAGUUAAUGCAGAUGCUUCAGGAGAGGUUGGGCCAGCUAUAGCAGCUUGGUGAUCAAGUAGAACUUCAGAAGCAUGACUUGCAUAAAUCAUACCUGUAAAUGUACUCCACUUAUUAUCCGCAUGAUGAGUUGUGCUGAUGUUUGUGCCUCAGCCACGGAAUUUUUGUGUUGAUUUGUACUAUUGUGUUUUUUAUUUCUUUAAACGCGCACAAUAUUGAUGCCCUUAUAGUCGACUGUGAUCAUAGUUCAGAGCGUGGCUUCUGGCAAAGGUAAAAAGAAGGAAGAUGUUAAUAUGUAAGUGGAGCAAUCAUGAUGCAGGUUGUAUUUAGUGUUGUAUAGACAUUGCUCUUUGAAACUUGAAAAUGUAACUUUUUUGUGUC